UUUCAGGUCUAGGAGCGCCACACCUGUUCUUGCUUCUGGGCAAGCAUCGGCAUCCUCGAUGGCAUCGGCGGCGCUGCGGCAUUUUCCGUUGCUCAUGGCGUUCUCCAUCCGAGAGAUCUCGAAGCGGCCGUGGGAGAUGGUGGAUGGCUCAUGGCUGCAAGGUGGCUGACUGCGAUGUGCUCAUCUGCUGGAUCUGUCCCACCACGUGUUUUUGUUCCUUUCCGCACUUGUCCAGCCAUAUACUAUCUCGACGAUUUGAAAUCGCGGGGUUCUCGCUCAGAAAUCGGUGAGCGCCGCGGUGGUGCAGCAGUGGAGAGGAGGGAGGGGGAUGGCGCCGCCGCCGCGUGUGUGCGUGACCGGGGGCGGCGGGUUCAUCGCCUCCUGGCUCGUCAAGCUGCUCCUCUCCCGCGGCUACGCCGUCCACGCCACCCUACGUGACCCAGGCAACCCAAAGAACGCCCAUUUGAAGGAGCUGGACAAGGCCCCAGAGAAUCUGCGUCUGUUCAAGGCCGAUGUGUUAGACUACGACACGCUAACGCCUGCAGUUGAAGGAUGCGAGGGGGUCUUCCAUCUUGCCACGCCGGUGCCUGAAGAUGAGAUUGUUGAUCCUGAGUCACAAGUACUCGAUACUGCUGUGAAAGGUACCUUAAAUGUACUAAAGGUCUGCUCGGCUGCAAAGGUUCAGAAACUUGUUGUGAUGUCCUCCAAUGCUGCUGUGGAUUUUAACCCGAAUUGGCCUCAAGAUAUAAUCAAAGAUGAGAGUUGCUGGUCAGACAAAGAGUUCUGCAAGGAAAAUGGGGACUGGUAUUCUGUUGCCAAGAUUAUGGCUGAACAGGCAGCUUUGGAAUAUGCAGAUAAAAAUGGACUGAAUGUUGUUACACUUUGCCCACCUUUGGUUUUUGGCCCACUGUUGCAGCCUACGGUGAAUACUAGCAGCAAAUUCCUCAUCUACGUUAUAAAAGGAGGCCCUGAUGUGAUGAACAACAAACUGUGGCAUAUAGUAGAUGUUCGUGAUGUGGCUGAUGCUUUGCUUCUGCUGUACGAGAAGGAAGAGUCAUCCGGGAGAUACAUCUGCUCGCCGCAUCACAUUUGCACGAAGGAUUUGGUGGCCUUGCUGAAGAAGAUGCACCCAGAGUACAACUGCGUAGACAACAUCCUUGACGUCGAUCAGAAAGCGUCGUUGACAUGCCGGAAGCUGAUGGACCUGGGCUGGGAACCAAGGACGCUGGAGGAGACGCUCUCGGACAGCGUCGAGUGCUACGAAAAGGCCGGCGCGCUCCAGGAUGUACCCGGGCGCCCUUGCCGUCUUCCCCAUCUCUUCCGUCUGGCUGGUGACCAGUGAAUCAACUGCCGUGGCAGGGUUUCUUGGUUAUGAACUGGUGGCUCUCUUGGUCUUACGCUGCUGAACUGUGAACUCGAAAUAACGAGGGGUCAUUUUUUUUUCACAAGAGAGAAAUUAACGAGUGCCAUGUUCCAACGCUCCUACAAACCUUCCUCAUUUCAAUAUGGAAGCUGGCCUGCUGCUCUGCUCAUGCCAAGGUCCACCAUCUGCUCGCUUUGGAGCAGGAGA